AUGGCCACCACCGAGGAUACCAGCAAGACGCCCGUCGACCAGGUCGAGCACGCUCCCGUGCAGCCGGCCCACCGCCGCGAUGCCGCCGCCGAGCUCCUGGGCAAGGCGGACGCCUCUCCCGAGGACCGCGUCGUCGUCACGCCCGCCGACAACGCCCGCGUCCUGCGCCGCAUCGACAUGGUCAUCCUGCCCCUGAUGCUCUUCGUCUACUUCCUCCAGGGCAUCGACAAGUCCACCCUCGCCUACGCCUCCGUCUUCGGCCUCAUCAAGGACACGAACCUCGUCGGCGACCAGUACAGCUGGCUGGGCUCCGUCGUCUACCUCGCCCAGCUCGUCAUGCAGUUCCCGCUCGCCUGGCUGCUGGUGAAGCUGCCCAUCGGCAAGUUCACCAGCUGCAUGGUCGCCUUCUGGGGCGUCACCCUGUCCUGCAUGGCCGCCGCCCACAACUUUGGCGGUCUGAUGGCCGCCAGGUUCUUCCUCGGCGCCUUCGAGGCGAGCGUGGCGCCGUCGUUUGUCGCCAUCACCCAGAUGUGGUGGCGCCGACGCGAACAGACGCUGAGAAUCAGCUACUGGUAUGCCAUGAACGGCUUUACCAACAUGUUUGGUAGUCUCAUCACGUAUGGUCUCGGCCACAUCUCGUCGCCCCUCAAGGAGUACCAGAUCAUCUUCAUGUUCUUCGGCAUCAUCACGGUCGUCUUCUCCAUCGUCAUGUUUCUCUUCAUGCCUGACUCCCCUGUCGAGGCAAAGUUCCUUAAGGAUCACGACAAGCUCAUCGCCAUUGAGCGUCUCCGCAUGAACCAGCAGGGUGUCAUGUCACGCGAAUGGCGGUGGGAUCACCUGAAGGAAAGCCUGCUGGAUCUGAAGACCUGGUGCUGGUUCUUCCUGGUCUUUUCCAUCUCCAUCCCCUCCGGAGGCAUUUCCACCUUUGGUCCUUUGAUCGUCAAGUCCUUUGGCUUCGACUCCUUCCAGACCAUCCUCUUCAACAUCCCCUUUGGCUUUGUACAACUCGUUUCCACCGUCGGGGGUUCCUGGAUUGCGACCAAGAUCCACAAGAAGGGCCCCGUCAUUGCCGGACUCUGUGUUCCCCCCAUCAUCGGCUGCGUCAUGUUGAUGGUUCUCCCUACCACCGGCCAGAAAGCCGCACGUUUAAUCGGAUAUUACCUCAUCUCCGUCUACCCCGGCAUCACCCCUCUUAUCUACAGCUGGUCCGCCGCCAACACGGCCGGUGAUACCAAGCGGAAGUGCACAUCCGCGUUCCUCUUCGUCGGCCAGUCCGUUGGCAACGUCGUCGGCCCGCUCCUGUACAAGCCCUCCGAGUCACCCAGAUAUGCCCGCGGCCUGACCUCCAACCUCGCCCUCUACUGUGUCAUCGUCGUCCUGGUCAUCGCGACGAGCCUGUACCUCGCCUUCCUCAACCGCUCGCACAGCAAGCGCCGCGUCGCCAUGGGCAAGAGCGCCGUCAUCGUCGACACCAGCCUGUUCUCCGCCGCCGAGGCCGAGAAGAUGAAGCAGGACCAGGCCGCGAGCAAGACGGGUGAGAACGGCCACGAGAUGGCUGCGUCUGGCGAGGAGAACGUACCGGACGACGUCGGCGCGAGGGCGUUUGACAAUCUGACGGAUCUAGAGAAUGAAGAGUUUUGUUUUGUGUUUUAA